AUCUCUAGUUUUCAAGCCAAAAAUGGCGAAGUUUUCAUUCGUAUUUCGUCCAGAUUGCGAGCAGUUUUCGUAAAAGGCGCACGAAAAACCGGAAAAAUUCGGCCGGAGUCAGUGAAAAGGCAGACCAGCGGUGCCUAGGAAUCGCCAGUGCACCACUGAAACCGGGCAAAAACAGGAAAAGCGAGUCAAAAGCAAUGUGGAACCAUUGGCAGGCGGCCGCCGUAGCGGCGGCCCCCCCACCACAGCCGUCGGUGCCGCCGCCACUGCCCGACGCACCCCCCACCGCCCCCUCGGACGGGUCCUCGGGAGCACCCACAUCCGUACCGCCGGCAAUUGCAGGAGUUGUAGCUGCGCAGCCCACAGUCGCAGCCACAAUUACCACCUCCUCCACCGCCGUCGCCACUGCAGCCUUCAACCCCUAUAGCAGCGGACAGGCGACAGGGGCGGGCAACCCCUAUGAACAGUAUACGGCCGCCCAAUAUGCGGCCAUGACCCCGGAGCAGCAGUACGCCCUGCAGCACCACUGGCACCAGUGGCAGACCUACCAGGCGGAGUACGCCAAAUGGCAUGCCCAGUACGGCGAGCAGUACAAGCGUGAAAUGGCCGCCGCCGCCGCCGUGGCCACAACUCCCGCAGUCCAAGGAGUCCCUGCACCCGUGGCAGCCGUUGUUUCGCCAGCUCCCGUUCCUGUGGUCGUUGCAGUGCCCGGUCCACAGGCCUAUCCCGUCGCCCACAGCUAUUACCAGGGCCUUGCGGUCUCACCGGCACCAUCGACCACGCCAAAUCCCACCCCAGUGGGCGCGCCGCCGCUGCCAGGGAAGAUCAUGGCCCAGCCGCAGAUGUACAACCAGCCGCCGCCGCCGCCACCUCAAAAAUCCGGCUACAAUCAGCAGAAUCAGAUUCCCAAUAAGAUUCAAAGCAAUGACAACCAAGGCAUGUGGUCGGGACCGCCACCAAUGCAGCAGCAGCAGCCGCCGCCCAACAGAUUUGGCGGCCAAAUGAGCUACAAUAAUAGCGGGCCUGACAACCAGGGCUUUCCCAAUCUCCACCAGCCGCCGCCUUCACUGCAGAGACCACCACCGCAGCAGCCACAGCAGCAGCAAAACACCAUGGACAACCAGUGGGGAAAUAACAACCAACGAGGCGGUGGCAAUAGCAAUCGCCCGCCCUGGGAUACCAGUGGUCCGCCGCCUGAUAGCUCCGGGCCACAACCAGGAUGCUGGGAUGGUCCACCGCCGCAGAAUGAAAUGAACAACCGCUGGAGUGGGCCGCCACCGGUCAACAGCACGAACGACAACAAUCGCCGCUGGGAAGGCCCACCAAAUCAGACACAAUCUGGCGGAGAUCAGCAACAGAAUCAGAAUCGCUGGAUGAGCGGACCACCGCCCAGCGAUCAGAAUUCCAAUCAACAGCAGAAUCAGAACCAGAACCGCUGGAUGAGCGGACCACCGCCGAACAUAAAUGACCCGCAACACGAUAAUCAGCAGCAGCACCAAAACAGUAACAACCAGCAACAGAAUCCCCGCCAGAAUCGCUGGCAGAACAACAAUUCCGAUACGGAGGGACCGCCGAUGAGGAAUAACAACAAGCAGAACAACUUUCAAAGCAAUCGAAAGAGCUGGGGGCCGCCAGACGAAAGAGGAGGAGAUGAAGGCCCAUUCACCAAGAACUCACAGUCUGAUUUUGGCCAAGAUCAGUCGUCUGGCAAUAGUAACACCUUUGGCCAGCGAACGGGAAACUUUCAGGGCAACUAUGGCAAUAGUUUUAAUAACCAGGAUCAAGGUGGCGGAGGAGGAGGAGGCAACUUUGGCGGCAGUGGAGGAGGAGGUGGAGGCAACCAAGGCAGAGGCGGAGGUCCGGAUAGCUUCGGUGGCCGAGGAGGAGGUCCCGGUCCGGAUAACUUUGGCAAUAACUUCAAUAACAACAGUCGCCGCCAGAGCAAUCGCUGGGAUAACAAUCGCAACCAAAAUCAGGGAUUCUCGGAUGAGAGGGGAGGAGGAGGCGGCGGUGGAGGAGGAAACGAUUCUGGUCCAGGUAAUUACAACCAGAAUCGUGGCAAUUUCAACCAGCGCAACAACUUCAACCAGCCGCAGCAGCAGCAAUCUCAAAACCAAUCUCAGCAGAACCGCAACCAACAGCAGGCUCCUGACCUGGAUGAGGCCAGCUUCGAUCGAUUGUUUGACCAGUGGGAGCAACAGUUCGAGGACUGGAAGCGGGCCAAUGCCAAUCAUCCGGAUCGCGAUGAGUAUCGCCGCUACGAGGAGGAAUUCGAGAAGCAGCGGCGUCGCAUUGCCGAGAGAAGGGAACAGAUGCGCCGGCGUCGUCAGCAGCAGAUGAGUGGCUCGGGAGGAUCGGCCACGGAUGCAGCGAAGGAAGGAGCCGGAGCAUCCAAGCCCGAGGAUAAGGAGCCAAAGGAAGAUCGUGGAUCUGAAACAUUCGGAGGUCCAGGCAAUUUUGCUGACCAGGGACAGGGACCUGGACCCAAUUUCGGACCGGGCAACAGACAACUGGGGCAUCCUGGUCCUUUCGCGAAUGAAAGUCGCUCUUUCGAAGGCACCGGGGGUCCCGGUUUUAGAGGCAACAAAGGUCCACCACAGGGAAUGCAGAACCAAUACCAAACCGCCCAGCAAACCAUCCAGGAGACAUUGGACAAGCCAGUCCAGGAGCAAGCUAAGCCAGUAGGUCCGCCUGUUGCCAAGACGUCAAUAACUCCAGCUCCCCCGGUAGCUCCUCCGAUUGGUCCCGUUCAUCCGACUUCCCUACCACCGCCCGAUGUUUCAGUUCCGCCAGUGGGACUGCCACCAACAGUGGUGCCUGCUCCGCCAGUGGGUCCGCCAUCGCAACCCCCUCCGAUUUCUACCAAUCUUGGCAAGCGCCGGCAACCAAGUGGUGCUGGUGUUUCCACGCCCGCUAAGCAGGUCAAAGAGGAGGAGCACAUACUCACCAUUUCCCUGGACGACGACGACGACGAGGACGAUGAAUCGCCCGCGGUGGACACGCCCAUGGGCAGCAUUUUCAAGAAGAGCGAUGGCAUCCCGGGGCUGGACUUGGUGGCCGAUGGCGAUGGAAAGAAUCCGUCCUCGGUCUUCGAUGUGGAAGACAAGGCUUCAGACCAAACAGUAGCAGAUGCCUCCGUCUCCGGAAACCAGACAGGCGCACCAGCCGCCAACAAGAGCAACGAAUCCCUGAGCAACGUACUCAAGGACCCGAACUUCUUCAACAAUCUCACCCAGGCGGUGGCCAAUGUCCAGGAGCGCGAGCAGCGCGAUCGUCAGCAGCAGCAGGAUCCGGAGCAGCAGCCGGAUCAGGAGACGGGAGCGGAUGGACGUCCGCUGUCCUUUGCCGAGUGGCAGCGCAAGAAGAAUGGCGGCAACGAUAGCAAGUCGCAGGAUUCCCAAGAAUCGAUGAGUCCCAGUGGCAGUGAGCAGGCUGAAAACAGCGGACCACCAGGUGGUCCGGGUGAGGGUCCAGGUGCGGGUCCAGGCUCUGGUCCUCGUCCCAACUCACGACCUGGUCCCGGUCCCAACUUUGGACAGAAUCAAGUGCCUGGCAGCAACUUCAUGGACUUCGAUGGCAAUGGCCCCGGCUUCGGUCCGCCGGGCAGGAACUUCGGACCCAACGGACCAGGACCACGAGGGCCAAACUUUGGGCCCAACUUUGGCCCGGGUCCAGGGCCGCAUUUCGGACCCAAUGGACCGCACUUUGGCCCCGGGCCGAACUUCAGACACAAUGGCCCCAACUUCGGACCCAACUUUGGGCCGAAUUUUGGACCGGGUCCUCGUAACUUCGGGCCUCGCGGACCCGGUGGUCCCUUCGGUCCUCGACGCGACGAUUUCGGUGGUCCGCCGUUCGGCGGCCCGGGACCAGGGCCCAACUUCGGACCAGGGAACGGACCCAACUUCGGACCAGGGAACGGGCCCAACUUCGGACCAGGGAACGGACCCAAUUUCGGACCAGGAAACGGGCCCAACUUCGGACCAGGAAACGGACCCAACUUCGGACCAGGAAAUGGGCCCAACUUUGGACCAGGAAACGGACCCAGCCCGCGGGGAUUCAACGGUGGCGGCGGUGGACCGAACAGUGAUAAUCCUUUCCGCCGGCAAGGUGGACCACCGGGACCCGGAUUUGACGAAGGUGAUCUUGGCGCACCGCCACCACGAGGUCCCAGGAACUUCCCGAACCGCAACAGCUUCGGAAAUCCAGGAGGACCGAACAACAAUCGGAAGAACUGGAAUGACGGGCCGGAGCAACUGCAGCAACAGAAACCAUUCCAAAGCAACAGCAAUGAGCCCAUCUAUCGACCGAUAAAGGUGUUUGACUAUUCCAAUAACCCGUCAGCCGCCAAGGUGAUCGAUUAUGGCCACAAGUCGGCCGAUGGAAACCCCAGCGAUGGGCCUUCCGGUCCGUCGCCCUCUGACAGAAUGCCGGAAUUCAGACCCGUGAAGACCUUCGAAUAUGGCCACGCCUCGUGCUCGGGACCGAAUCGCAUGGGAAUGCAAGGAGGAAUGGGAAUGGGAGGAGGUCAGAAUCAAGGAAUGGCAGGUGGCCCAAACCAAGGAAUGGCAGCAGGAGCAGGAGGAUUUGGAGGACCUGGGGGACCAAGGGCUCCCAACAGCAAGAGAAAAAAUAAAAGAAAGAACAAACAGCAACAUCAGGAGGAGCGAAUGCUGUUCCAUCAAAACAAACAGCUCAAUUUGAUUGUGGUUGAAGAAACCAAGUCAUUAAAUCCAGGGCAGGAUGAGCAGCAGCAACAGCAGACCCAGGAAGAUUUCCAGGACCAGUGCGAUGAGGAGCUAGCAAAUGAACCCAAUGAUCUCGAGGAUAUUUCCGAUGGUGAAGACAAUCUAACUCCCCUGGAUUGCGAUGACGAUGACGACGAGCUCCCACCGCCGCCGUCGAUGAGCCGAUGGAAUCAGGGAAAUUUCCAGCAGCAGUUCAAUCAAAACCAGUCCCAAUUUGUUUCCGCCAACUCGCAGCGUCGUCAGCUAGGCGGCGAGGUAGAAAGAUCGGCUCCACCACCACCAACAAUGUCACUUUUCCCCUCGGCAGCCAAUGCCAAUGAGAAGAUUCCCAAUGUGGUCACCGCCCCCCAUUUGGAGAUGAGCGUGCCGACUAACGAGAAUCGCAAUACCAUCUCCGUGGACGAUGUGCUUCUGAAUCCGGGUCGCUUGACCCGUCCCAAGCGCAUCUGCAUUAUUUUGCGAGGACCUCCUGGUUGCGGCAAAUCACAUGUGUCGCGCCUUAUUAAGGAAAAGGAGCUGGAGAUGGGUGGUGCCAAUCCGCGAAUCCUCAGCAUCGAUGACUAUUUCAUCAUCGAGAACGAUUAUGUGGAGAAGUGUCCCAUAACGGGCAAGAAGAUACCCAAGAAAGAGAUACUAUAUGAGUAUGAUGACAGCAUGGAGGAGACCUACAUGCAGUAUUUAAUCAAAUCGUUCAAAAAAACGCUUACCGACAAUCUGUACGAUUUCAUAAUCGUUGACUGCAACAACAACUCACUGCGCACGCUGAAUGAAUUUUAUUGCCACGCCAAAGAUUCAAAUUUCGUGCCCUACAUAGUGGAUCUGCACUGCGAUCUGGAGACGUGUCUUGGUAGAAACUCCCACCAGCGCACCGAGGGCGAGAUUCGCGUGGUGCUGGACAACUGGUGUAAUACGCCGCUGCAGUACAUCAAACUGGAUGUGGGUUCGCUCCUCGAAAACGUCGUCGAGAUGGAAGAUGUUGAGGACAUGGCUACGGACGAUAAUGCCUGCGCCGAGGAUGGGGCAACUGCGGGAGGACCAGCGGUGUCCGAGGAUGCGGCUGUCGAGGUGACGGACGACAGCAAUAGCGCCGACGCUUCCAACGAUUGCGGCUUUCUGAAAAGCAAAUGGGAAUGUGACAACACUGAGGACAAUCUGGCUCGCUUGGAUGGCACCAAGCGCCUGAUGCAAAACCGCAGGACGGCUAGCAUGGCCGACUAUCUCCAGCUGGAGGAUUGGGAACCACCGAGAACCUCGGCCGAUGGCAAAAAGCGAGUUCGAUGGGCAGACAUCGAGGAGAAGCGGUCGCAGGAGAAGAUGCGCGCCAUCGGUUUCGUGGUGGGUCAGACCGACUGGAACCGCAUGAUGGACCCCAAUGCGGGCAGUCGGGCCCUGAAUAAAACCAAGUACAUCGAGCGCAUCAAACGUCGCUAGGCGGCAAUUAAAGCCACGCAACUGAUUCAAAAACUCGAAGCAUUUCCACUAAACACCAAACACUGACGAUUUCCACAUGGGGAUCACCAUCCGAUAACAAAAGGCUCAAAGACCCUGAAUUACGAUCAAUCAUCUAUCAUCCGAAUGCUAUCAGUAUAAUUUCGCAAUAAUCAGUCAUUUGUAGUGCUGCAUUUACGAAACGAAUUCAAUUUCGUUAAUCACACACGUACAUCCGUAACUAUCAUCCUAGACAAAUAGAACAAAUGUGGGUGUAUUUUAAUUGUAAAUUAAAUCAAUUCGCCUGAAUCCGAAUUACAUCCAACGAUUUUUUUAGAUUGACAAAAUAUAA